AGCUUGUUGUGUUUGCGCGCCGAACUAAGACCCCACGCAAACAAUACAUUCCGAGCUCUGUGACUCAAGAAGACGUCCAUUGCUAGUCUUUGUUGAAGUUCAAGCUGAAGUGACAAAAAGUUACUGGAAGCAAGUUAAGUCUCUCAGAAAUCAACAGCCUGAUAUGGAACUGGAAACUAUACGAAAUGCUCAGCUGCAACUGCCGGGGGGUCUGCUUCUGCGGUCGCUGCCGGGGCGUCCUUUGACGGAACAAUUUCCAGAUCAAGAGGAGCACACAGAACCACAUGACUUGUCUCUGUACAAGUUCAUGACUUAUGCCAGGAAGAAUUUCCAGGGAGAGGCCCCUUGCUGGUUCAAGAAGGGAUCACUCCGUGAGCCACUACUUCACCAUGAAGACAAAAUGGAGGCAGAGGCGGCUCUGACUAUCUACGUCGCUAUUCAACGCUUCAUGAUCGAUUUGCCAGAGCCCAAAGUUGAAGAACUCGAGGACAGCCCAAAAGACGACAUGAUAUUUGCCUCGCUGCCACCUUUGAGCAUUAUGGCUAAGCCGACGACCAAUCUGCGAAAAGUGCGCUUCAUCUGCGGUUAUGGGCAUAACGUCCCGAACCUGAGAGAUGAAAUAUAUUGCCAACUUUGUAAGCAACUCGUGAACAAUCCGUCUAUGACAAGCACAAGGCGCGGAUGGAUACUGAUGGGUAUCCUUUGUGGUGUAUUUCCACCUUCCGAUCAGUUUUUGAACUACCUGAAAAACUUCAUCUUGACGGAAGCCACCGAACACGUCGCCGAGUUUUGCAUCAGUCGGCUGCGAAGGACUGUUGAACGCACCAAUAGGAAGCAGCCCCCAUCUUGGAUAGAGAUGCAGGCAUCCAGACGGGCAGAAAAUAUCGUGCUACCUGUCACGCUCAUGGAUGGCGCAACACUCGACUGUGAAGUCGACGCCAACUCGACGUUCAAGGAGCUUUGCGAGAGCAUCCGGGAAAAGCUCGGUUUGAAGAGCAUAUACGGAUUCUCCAUCUACAUCGCAGCUGUUGACCAGAUUUUCAACUGGGGCAGCGAUGACGAGAAUGUAAUGGAUGCAGUAUCUUUAGCGGAACGUUACUCUGUGAGAAAGGGCAACCCAGAAAGUGAUACAAAACUUCACUUCUACUUGCGUAAGAACAUCUUCCGGCCAAGCUAUAACCCGGAAGACGAUCCUCUAGAAGCUAACCUCGUUUUCGCACAACUGAUGGGUGGUCUGCACAAGGGGGAAUACCGGUGCCAAGAGGUUAAUGAUCUAGCGGAUAUUAUCGCCAAACGAUACUACAUCGAGCACGGGGCUGAGCUGGAUUUAAAUAGAUUACAAGAAGUUAUCUUGAAGACUGCCCCUCAAGACGAGCUCAAGGGAGACCCCGAGAUGAUGGAAGAUCUGAUGGAGGAGAUCAAAAGCAGUUUUGACUCGAUCCCGUGCAUUCGAAAUGCCUUGUCCUCAGAUCAAGUGAAGGCGUCUCUUGUACGAGAGUCGAUGAUGCGAUGGGCUCUUUCCUUCUCCAAGUCUUACACAGGCGUCUUGGUAUCAGGACCCAAGCUUGACCCAGCCCGCAUCAACCUAGAUAUCAACUCAACAGGGGCAAUAAUACAAGCAAUACCCAGUGCACAAGUCAAGGCCUAUAGGGCCAGUAUUGAGUUUGCCCAGCUAGAGGAGAUCGCCGACUACAAUCCAUACGACAAGAAGCCUAAGAUAACAAACCCCAAAGAUACAGUCGUCCUCAUCACCAUGCAGAAGAAGGUCUACCACAUGCGGUCCAAAGCAGCACGCGAGAUCCGAGAUUUGAUGAAACUACUGCUGAAUGAUUACAAGCAGAGGGGAGUGGCAGAGAACAACAACUGAUGAAGACGAUGCUCAGUGAUUGCAUCAAAUAGAGCAACAGCAGCUUCAAAUAAACACCAAAGAUUAAGAAUAGCGAUACAAAUAACCUGAUAUUGAAAACUGCAGCAGCAAUAUUGAAAGUAACAAUAUAAUAGCGGCAGCAGAAAGAAUAACAUCAACAAUGACAAAAACAAUAACAGCAACUACGACGACGACAGCAGAAACAAUUUUAACAACGGCAACAGCAGAAACAAUAACAACAGUAGAACCAAUAACAUCAACAUCAACAGCGACAGCAGCAGAAACAAUAACAACAGUAGAAACAAUAACAUCAACAUCAGCAAUAACAAAAAGACGAUGACAACAGCUAUAACUUUGGAUGGCAGUAACAACAUCAGUAAAUCAGCAGUGUUAAAUAGCCAGACCUGAAAAGCACUCAAAUAUGCUUUUGGGACUACAGCGCAAAGCUUUUUUUCGGGGUCACUUUUACUAGAAGAGAAAAAACUACAAUCUGUUCGCAACUUUUUUGGAAUUUAGAUUAAUGAUUGUGAAUGUAAAUAGUAGAGCCUGCGCCGCAACUACUACUAGAUAUAACCAAAUUCAAAGACUUAAAUAGGGGCUGUUCCAUUAGUUUGCAGUGGGCCACGGUUUACCUCAAGAAUCCAAUAUUAAAGGAUAAACUAGCCAAAAGUACUCAAAUUGUGACGCCCUCAGAGACUUCACAAUGUGUAAUCGGCGACAGCGUAUAAGAUAAUAGAAGACACUACAUCAUCAUUAUAAAGCAAAAACAGCAACAAACUACCUCAGGCCACACCAUGCAAUUUUACGAUUUUAAAGGAUUGAAAAACAUCUUACUAUGUAUCAACUUACCUUUUUGUAGUUUAUGUUAAAGUUUCGAAUUGCAAUUUAAUUUCUAGUAAACAAUAAACCAAAAUAAAAGAAAGCAAAUACUUAAGGCAUGCAUCGAGCCGAACUUGAACCGAAUCAAUUUAAUAACAUAAGCGUUUCUAGUGGCGGCAUGCGUCAGUGACUGUUAAGAUUUAAUCAUGCACAGAGCCAAAGAACACGGGAAUAUGCACUUUCCCGUGCACGAGUGCGUUUUGAAAAAUAAUGAAUGCAGCUGGGAGCAGCUAGGGAAACAUAAUCAUAGCCAGCAAUACAUUUAAAAUAAGCUCAUUUGUCACACAUCGGUAAUUCGCGUUUCAGGCACGCAUUUGCUGUGCCUUCAAAACAGGACCAGCAUAACAAAAUUAAGUUUUGUGUUGACUUCUGUA